CUAAUACAUUAUGCACGACCACCAACUGUGUUUACGCAUUGUUUGACAAGCAACAGUUGUUUUGGUCAAACUGACGAAGAUAUGAAGCGAAAAUUCGAAAAGGGUUCAAAUGACUCGCUAAGCGAGGACAUAACGCGAAAGUUUGAAAGUCUUCAGAAAGAAAAGGAAGAAAACGAUGAAUUGAAACAUGCCUGGAUUGAUGAACUGCAGUCUAUUGCGCGUCAGAAGUAUCCCAAAGCUUCACUUGUCCUGAUAGGUUCUUCUGCGAAUAUGUUUGGUUUUAAAGCGAGUGAUUGUGAUUUAACGCUUAUCUCUGGGGAACGUUUUGUCUACGGUUUGCACGCUUUGGACAACAUUGAAAAGUUGCUGCCAAACUCAAAAUAUACGACCACGGUAACUAGUUUUUGCUAUUUUAUACAUGCAUGAUAUCAUAUAUAUUAUAUUUACGUUUUAUGAAAGAAGUAUUUUGGUAGAACAGUAUAUAUAUAUAUAGUUGGUGCAUGUGCCUGAUAUUCUACCUCUGUGAUUUGCAUUUCAUUCCUGUAAUAAGGUAUGUAGUUCUUUCACUUCAGUGUGAGAAUAUAUAGUGAAAGGUUUCCCAGGAGGGGAUCUGUAUUUCCUUGUUUCCCACAAAGAUUUCACCAUGUCCCUUGUCCCCUGUGAUUUUUCGUCGUUGUCCUAGUGUUCCCAUGGCAACUGAAAUAUGUAUAGGUUCCCUAUACUCCCUAUAGAAAUCUCCUGGGAAACCCACAAUAUAGUAACUCUACCAAAUAGCAUAUGUAGGGUACACAGGUUUUUUCUUUCAGAAACACUAGAGUAUAGAGUGGUUCAGAUUUGACUUCCGCUACCACUAUCUUUCACUGAUCAAACACAUCUGAUUGGUUAAUUGGAUAUAUCAAACACAUCUGAUUGGUUAAUUGGAUAUAUCAAAUGCAUCUGAUUGGUUAAUUGGAUAUAUCAAACGCAUCUGAUUGGUUAAUUGGAUAUAUCAAACGCAUCUGAUUGGUUAAUUGGAUAUAUCAAACGCAUCUGAUUGGUUAAUUGGAUAUAUCAAACGCAUCUGAUUGGUUAAUUGGAUAUAUCAAACGCAUCUGAUUGGUUAAUCGGAUAUAUCAAACGCAUCCGAUUGGUUAAUCGGAUAUAUCAAACGCAUCUGAUUGGUUAAUUGUCCCUUAAUGGUAACGGUAGUGGAAGUCAAAUCUGAACCUGUUUACUGAACCAAGUGGAACUAAUAGGGCGCUUUCCAUUAACACGGCCAGACUAGUCAGAACGGUCAAAUUGUUGAAUCGAACACAAAACAUUUGGGCUUCGGACCUUUCUGACCGGAAAAUUUAGACAAAAUUAGAAUGAGCUCCAUUUUUCGCUAGAUAUUUGAGAAACAUAGACCAGAUCUUUUCAUUGAUACAGAGACAAAAAUUCGUGUCUGACCGGUCUGGCUAUUAAAUGGAAAGCGCCCAUAAAGUAUAAGUAAUAUUCACUUAAUUUAGUUUGUUUAGUUCAGUUAAACCAUGGAUUGUAAAAUAACUGGAUAGGAAACUUCCUGACGUCACAGUCUAAACCUAGUUGCAAUCUGUGACGUCAUGUGUAUUGCGAAAAUUUUCAGCAUUUUUGUUGUUUCGCUAUAUUUUCCGCUUCAAAAGAGUAAUAUUGAAGCAUAAACUGGUCUAAUUGUUUUAAAAACAUGCCUAAGCCACGACAAAUUAAGUAUUCAAGGUAAGUGUUUUUCGUCUUUGUUUUGUAUUUUUUAACAUUUGUAGCAACGAAAUUGGCGUCGCCAAUUUUUACGAAAUUUGCGAUGCAUUUUUCACUGUUUAGUGCUUGAAAUAUUUGCUAAAAUUGACCGGGAAUACUUAGAGAUUUCAUCGUAGAAUGGCUUAGUCAUGUUUAUUUGCUCUUUGACUAAAAUGUUUAGCUGUAUUAUCGCUAAACAUGCCGUUUUUGAGAAUUUGGUUUGCAACUAGGUUGCAACGCCAUCAUCCCAUUGAAAACAUUAGGUCACGUCAGCUAGUUUCCUAUCCAUGUAUUUUAUUAUCCAUGGUUAAACUGUGCCACGCCAUAUCCAUGCACUUAAAACUGCAAAAUGUGAACACUUCUUUUCUCUACCGCCAUUGCUAAUUUCUGACUGUUUUCUGCUUUUCUUUACAGCUAGUGCACGGAGCAAAGGUUCCUAUAUUGAAAAUAAAAGACAAGGAAAAUUCGUUAGAAGCUGACAUCAACUCUGAAUGUGAACGUAAUAUACGUCACACCUAUCUUGUACGUUGCUAUGCUCUGCUUGACCCACGAGUGCAGCCACUUGGUAUCAUCGUCAAGCUGUGGGCGAAGAACGCUGGAAUAAUCAAUCAAAGAGACCACAAACUUUCAGGUAUGGAUAGUUUAUACAGUGACAAAGCCAUCGCAACUGGUCAUGCUAUGCUAACAAACCUGCAUCUAAAUAGGUUACAGUGAGUCUACAGUAAGUGGGGCCACUAAUGUCACUUCUGCAACACUAACCGAUCACAUUACGGACCAAAAAUAGAAAUCGAAUCAAACUAAAGCUCGUCCAAUCAAAAGAAAGCAUGGAGUUCGCUUCAGGAAGCCAGUAACUGCAGUGUUUUCUUUUCAAGUCUAUUUUUACCUUUUGACAUUCGUUCAAAUUGUUUUUGCCUAAUGCGCCGUUUGUUGAUUUUUUCUAUGUUUGUUCUGCAAUGUGAUUGGUUAGUGUUCUCUAAGUGGCCCCACUUACUGUAGACGCACUGUAAAGACAAUACAUUUCUAGUAAAGGCUUGAAUAAUGCAAAUCAUUGGAAAUUUGAGUAGAAUGAAACUGUCGCUAUGGCUAGCUUCAUCACUGAGUAUAUAUAGUGUGAACCAAUUUCAUAGUUUCGACCAAUUUCUAAAUCGGGGGAAAAUUCUGGUAUUCACUUAGUUAAGAAUGCAAGACUAAAGUAUUAUAAUAUUCAUUCAUCCAUGCCUGCUACAAAUAACGACAAUGUUUGAUAAAUUUGCAUACAAGCAUGUUAGUUUUAUCCAUACCUAAAUGGCGUAGGAAAAUGCACGAAGGAGAAUAUUCUUAUAGCUUUGGUUACGUGAUCACGUAAGGAAGUCACAUAUUAAUCAGCUAUUGUUGAGAAACGUCAUCUUCACGGUCUUUUUGCCUGUUAAAAUUUCCGGAACUGACGUCAUUUUUGUUGCAAGAAACAAUAAAAAACUCAUUUGCAUUGCCUUAAAUGGCGUCAGUUCCGGAAACUUCAACAGCCAGAAAGACCGUGAAGAUGACGUUUUUCACAAAGAAAAUAUAUUGCAUUUCAUCUUAAAAUGUACUGGAUAUUACAAAUACGUAAAAUUCAAAAUAGCUGUCAACCUCGCUACCAGGCUCUUCAAAUGUGCACUUUAAAUUGUAUACGUGAGUGAAUUGUCUAGCAAUGAACAUAAACACGUGCACCUAAUGGACCAUUCCCCAAUUAACCAAAAUUUUGAACUCAACAAGUCUGGACAAAAAUUUCAUCACAGCUUGAAAGAGCAUCACAAAAUUAGUAAUAUUCCAAAGUUUCGUUAUCCGCAUUUUACAAAAUUUUGCAACGAUACUUUGGAAUAUUACUAAUUUUGUGAUGCUCUUUCAAGCUGUGAUGAAAUUUUUGUUUAGGCUUGUCUAGAUCAAAAUUUUGGAAAAGUGGUAACCAUGUCCCGUUUGUAAUCUAAAAUGACUGAAAAUUGCAAAUUUCGCAAGGCUAUAUUAUCCACAUUUUACAACAUUUCGCAACGAAACUUUGGAAUAUUACUAAUUUUGUGAUGCUCUUUCAUGCUAUGAUGGAAUUUUGUCUAGACUUGUUGAGAUCAAAAUUUUGGCUAAUUGGGGAAUGGUCCAUUGGGUUUAUUUAAACUUUGUGAUUCUAUAUAUUUUCUUCAACUUCUCCAUUUAGGUUUCACUUUGCUGUUGCUGUACAUAUACUACCUGCAGGCAGGCUGCAGCCCGCCCGUUGUCCCGUUAUUGCAGGUCGACUAUCCAUCACUAUUCAGUAGCAGUCGCCAGACAUCCGCACUCAUCGAUCAACUCAAGACCAAGAAAUUACCAGACGAACUCAAGAAUUUCAAAUCUUCCAACAAGCAAACUCUUGGUGAAUUAUUCGUUGGUUUUUUCCGUUUUUAUGCCAACUUUAACUGGAGCAGUAAAGUGGUUUCCAUCAGCCGAAGCAAUGCGUAUGUCUCGAAUAAUCGCCCCCGCAUGAAGAUUGAAGAUCCGUACGAGAUGGGUGGCAACUGUGCAAGAGGAAUUUAUGAAUCGCUUUCGUUCAUGCAAAUUAAAAAUGCCUUCACUAAAGCUUUGAGGAAAAUUGAAGAUAGUAUGGAUUUAGACAGUGUUUUGUGAAAUCAGUGAGAAAGCUAAAGACUAUUUCUUUUAAUAUGUUUUGAUUGAAUGAACAAUUUAUUUGCUUGUGAGUUGUGGAAAACACCGCGGGAUUUUUAAAUCUCGCAUAACUUCCUAUUCGCAGUUUUGGAGUAAAUUUGCACAAGUAUUAUAUGUAAUUGUGGACACAAAUUGUCGCGUACUUUCUAUAGAUUUAUAAUAAUAUAAUUGACCAUUUGCGUAAUAGACUAAAUUUUGAUCUCAACAAAAAUUUCAUUACAGCUUGAAAGAGCAUCACAAAAUUAGUAAUAUUCCAAAGUUUCGUUGCAAAAUGUUGUAAAAUGCGUAAAAUAUAGCCUUGCGAAAUUUGCAAUUUUGAGUCAUUUUAGAUUACAAACCGGAAAUUGACAGCCUCGAAGGGUUUGGGGCUGUCAAUUUCCCGUUUGUAAUCUAAAAUGACUGAAAAUUGCAAAUUUCGCCGGCAAGGCUAUAUUUUACGCAUUUUACAACAUUUUGCAACGAAACUUUGUAAUAUUACAAAUUUUGUGAUGCUGUUUCAAGCUGUGAUGACAUUUUGGUCAAGACUUGUUUAGUUCAAAAUUUAGUCUAUUAGUAUUACGCAAAUGGUCCAUUGCCACCACAGCCAAGCAAACUUUAGCUUGCCCCAUGUUGACACACUCAAGGAAGCAUCAUCGCAAAUAAUUUCACCUGAGUACACAUGCUAACUUGUACAGAGCUCUUGCAGUGUCACCUGUAUAUAUACGUGUGGGCUUAUUGUUUAAACUGUGGAUUAUAGAAGUGGGAUUUCUGCAGUUUGCAUAGAUCUACAUAUGUCUCAGACAAUUUCUUUUCAGAGAACAAUUUUAACUGUGGUUUUCCCUGACCUAGGCAACGUAAUCCGAUGUGUGCACUGCAAAAUUUUGAUCAGAAAAAGGAGGUAUCUUUGUACUGAAUCUUCAAAGACAUUACUGUAAUUUGUAUCGAUAUCAAAUUAAUUAAAAACACCUUUAAACUUAAGAAAUCGAUGUCUCGCAUUCACAUGCCAUUUUCUUUUUGUAGUCCUAUAAUAACUUAAAUUUCUAUAUAUACAUACGUAUAGAUUGCUAAAAUUGAAGCAGUUUCUUUGUAGCUUUACUCGCUACCAUAUAUAUGCAGUGUAAU